GGUCUAUCGAUGCAAAACAUCAGCUUAUGUUACACAAAGGACUUACGGCCGACCGGAGGACGUGCGGGCGAGGGAGAUAUUUGUGAUAUGUGUAAGCGGCGAUGACAGUACGAUCAUCGUAUGAGGGGUUUGUAGAGCUGUAGGAGUGUUAGAACACACAUUACCCGGUAAGCAAGGCACGAACUACACUCAAGACGCUGGCUUCCAAACAGCACUCAAUACGGGGCAAUAACGCUAAGCUAGGGGUGUCCCACAAUCCAAGGCAGCGAACAAACAGCAAAGAAAUAGACGCAAUUCGUUUGUUCUUGUACAAGACGAAAUUUAGCUUGAUUCGGAGGGUCUUGGUAUACAUCGCCAUUUUUGAAGGGAUGAUCUAGAACAAAUGAAAAAAACUAACAAAGGCCAUAUCAAUGGAGUAGGGACCGCAUGUCAUAUUAGUCCAUGAUCGAUGAGGUUCGGGGAGAAAUCCCAUGAGAAAAGAACAAGGAAUCAGUUAGCUCGUGCAGAACAAAGACAACAGCACCGCGUGAAGAUCGUGGCUCUCUGAUCCCACUCUGAAUAACUGCCACAAACGCUACAAGCAAUCUCGAUAGUAUUCUAGAGUAUUUGGUCGUUUUACCGUGCAGCCGAGUUCUCUGCAAAAAGUGACAAAAAGAUAUUUGUGCGCGGUUACGGUCUGUUUACAAGCUCAUCCAGAGAGUCAUUACAUAAAAGCGGGUUCAUCGCAAGUUUAUACAAGGUCUUACAGGGGGACUAAAGAAGCAUGUUCACCUAUCUAGGGUCGUACCACCUCAAGGUCGGAGUUCUACUCUGCUUAUACCAGGGCUGCGUCUCAAUACUUUCAGCGUACGGCGGACAGGCGAAGGACUGUUAUAACGAAUUCAAUCGCGCUCAGCUCUGCCAGCCAGCAUUUCACGACCUCGCGUACAACAAAGAUGUGUAUGUAUCACACACUUGCGGGGAGAAAUCACGGAGAUUUUGCCCUCCAAUGAGCGUUCGAGGAAGGACAGCGUGCGGAUUCUGCGACGAGAGAAACGCGAAGACGUCUCACCCGGCGAAAUACUUGACAGACGUGCACAAUGAGAAUAAUGUAACGUGCUGGCAAGCAGACCCGGUACAAAGCCGGGAGAACGUCACUCUUAUUCUGUCGUUCGGUAAAACAUAUGAUAUUACGUACGUAAGUCUGCAGUUCUGCGGGAUAAGGCCUGACUCCAUGGGGAUCUAUAAAAGCAUGGAUUACGGCAAAUCAUGGCAAGCGUACCAGUUCUACUCUAGCAGAUGCGAGAAAAUGUACGGACGUGUGACGAAUGGGGAGAUUUCGCCUGAGAACGAACAGGUCGCACUCUGUACGGACGGCCACCUUUUACGCCCUUUAUACGGAGGUCGCAUCGCGUUCAGUACUCUAGAGGGUAGACCCUCUGCGUCAAAGAUGGACUACAGUGCGGUGAUGCAAGAAUGGGUGAUGGCUACAGAUAUCAAAGUUGAGUUCAAUAUGAUAAGUCGCAGCGCGCGGCCAAGGGACAGUCUAUACUACGCGGUGUCCGAAUUUAACGUGGGCGGGCGGUGCCAUUGUAAUGGCCAUGCCAGUGAAUGCGUGCCGGACAGGAACGGACGGCAGGUCUGUGACUGUAAACACAACACUGUCGGGGUGGACUGUGGCGCUUGUAGACCUUUCUUUAAUGAUCGACCAUGGCGACCGGCGACUCACCACUCUGCCAACGAAUGCAAAAUGUGCAACUGCAAUCUUCAUGCACGCACAUGCGUGUUCAGUAUGGAGCUCUUCAAACUGUCAGGGGGUAGGAGCGGAGGCGUUUGUGUUAAAUGUCGGCAUAACACCGCUGGACGGUACUGCCACUACUGCCGCGAGGGCUUUUACAAGGAUCCAAACAAGCACAUUACGCACAUUAAAGUCUGCAGGCAAUGUAACUGCCAUCCACAUGGGUCACGUGGUCGAGUGUGUAAUCAGAGCACGGGGCAGUGCCCCUGCAAGGAGGGCGUGGUCGGCAGGUCAUGUGACAAGUGUGCCCCUGGCUAUAAAAGCACAAAGUCUAAUAUCGUCCCCUGUAUAGAAACCCCGAAUGUCGUCAUGUCUCAAGAGUCGUCAACCCCAAGGUCACGUGAUCAAGGUUGCUCUCAAUGUCGACGUGUCCCUUUGAAAGUCAAACGGUUUUGCCGCAAAGAUUUUGCCUUGAAGGUCACAGUUGUCCGUGUGGAGAAAAAACUUCCAAACUCCUGGGUCCGAGCCACUGUCAACAUCAACACACUUUUCAAGCGCUCGCGCACAAGGCGUGUCAGACGGGGUGACGGCUACGUGUGGAUCAAGAAACGAGACUUCAGAUGCCGCUGUCCAAAACUCAAACCCGGCCGUAGCUACUUUAUAGCGGGGAAUCUAAGGGGACAGAGCCGUAAGAGGUCCAUUGUCCUCAAUGGUCGCAGCGUUGUGCUACCAUGGAAUGAAAAACUGUUAAAGCGCAUCUAUAGAUUCAUUAAACUCCAGCGUAACAACAACUGUUGAACAAGAAGACGUAUGACGUCAUUAGGACGUGGCCUAUGAGCCCAUAAACAAGGGAGAUGACGUCACAGUGGUAGAAUGACGCCAAUAUUGUUAAUGGCGUCAGAAUGAAAUUCGUGCCAGAGACACUCACAAGCUUGACGUCAUCCGUGGCGUCACGUCGCCGUCAAGACAUAAUCUAUGCUUGACGUAAAAAUAUAUGGCCUUUGUAUUAUUCAAAUUUAUAGUGGUUACACGAAAGAAUUGUUACAAGCGUCCCCAAGUAAAAAAGCAAGCACUUAUCACGUUGCUAUGAAAUAUAUUUAUCAGAUAUACAAAUGGUAUCCUCUUGUACAUAGGAAAAGGGAAACAUAGUCUAAUAGGGUACAAUUCUUACUGCCCGGCCCUUAAUUGCAGUUAUUUCAGAAUGCUUUGUUUUGGUGUGCGCGAUAGCCCAGCUGCAAAGGGGUCGAAUAAUCCCUUAUUGCCGGGACAAGCGAAAGCCGGCUAGCAAACUAAGUAAGAAAUCAAAGCAAAUACUGUGUCCAGGCAAGAAAAUAAUAGUAUAUCGUUGUAUCAACCGUAUUUAAAAAUAAAAGAUCCACGAAAAAUA